AUGUUAUAUCCCAAUGACAGAAAAUCAUACAAUCCUGUUAACCACUCAGAGAUCCAAGAGUUCAGCUAUUGUAUUCAGCAAGCAGGACUAUCAGAACUACCUUGGAAAGGAGAUUAUUACACUUGGACAAACAAACAGCCUGGAGCAGAUAGAGUAUGUAGCAGAUUGGAUAGAGUAUUUGGCAACUAUGAGUGGAUGAUGAAUUGGAGUCAUGUGGAAACAAUUUAUGGUCAACCUCAAAUAUCUGACCACAAUCCUAUGAUUCUGAUUCUAGCAGAUUACUCUUGGAAGGGAAAAGUGCCUUUUAGAUUCUUUAAUGCAUGGGUUGAUCAUGAUAAGUUUCAACAAACUGUGGCAGAUAGCUGGAACUUACCAAAUAAGCCUGGAAAUAUGAAAGCAAUUUGGUCCAACCUCAAAGCGUUGAAAGGCCCUUUAAAGGCUUUGAAUGCUAAGGAAUUCAAGAGCAUUGCUCAGAGGAUAGAACAUACCAGACAGGAGUUGAAGGAAGUUCAAGAACAACUGGCAAGUUCAUAUUCUGAUGCAUUGUUACAGGAAGAAAAAGAGAUAAUCCUAAAGUUGGAAAGGUGGUCUCUAAUUGAAGAAAGUGUGGUUCAGCAGAAGGCAAGAGCUAAAUGGAUUCAACUUGGAGACUCUAAUACCAAGUACUUCACUGCAGUCCUGAAGAAAGAACACAAAGAAAACAGAUCACAGAAAUUACAAAUGGCCUGGGUGAAAAACUAA